GCUGGUCCGGGCGAGAUUGCAGCUUUGCCCGAGUCCGGGGUCAUGCAGGUGAUGAAAGUGCUCCUCUGUCAAAGGGGCGGCAGGCUUUGGAGCAAGCCGCUGCUCGGGGGCGAGUGGCGUGAGUGCCCCUUCGAUCUCCACUGCGACUUCCGGCGCAUUAAGGUCUUGGAGUUGCUGGGCGGUCAAAGGUACUUGUUCCUCUUCCACAGUGUGCAAGGGGUUCCUGCUGGAUUGGACACCGUGCUCAUCUUUGAGGUGUCUCGCAACCAG